AUGACCGAGCUGGCGUCCUCCGGGGGUGGGUCCCCUGUGGGGGACGGGGAGGAAGGUUUAGGAGACGAAAGAGGCCUGGUCAUCCACCACCCUGCAGAGGAGCAGCCCCACCGGUGCCCGCUGUGUGGCCAGACCUUCUCCCAGCAGCCUAGCCUGGUGCGGCACCAGAAGGCGCACGCUGGCGCAGGCCGCACAGCUGCCUUUGUGUGUCCCGAGUGCGGCAAGGCCUUCAGCGUCAAGCACAACCUCGAGGUGCACCAGCGCACACACACUGGGGAGCGGCCCUUCCCCUGCCCCGACUGCGGCCGCUGCUUCAGCCUAAAGCAGAACCUGCUCACGCACCAGCGCAUCCACAGCGGCGAGAAGCCGCACCAGUGCGCGCAGUGCGGCCGCUGCUUCCGCGAGCCACGCUUCCUGCUCAACCACCAGCGUACCCACGCGCGCAUGCCCGCGCCGCACCCGCGCCGUCCUGGCGUCUUUGGGGAGAGGCGGCCCUACUUCUGCCCCCGCUGCGGCAAGAGCUUCGCGCGGGAGGGCUCGCUCAAGACCCAUCAGCGCAGCCACGGCCACGGGCCCGAGAGCCAGGCGGCCCACGUAGGCCGCGUGCUAUGA